AUGCGAGUAUUAGGUCAUCCCUCUACAUACCACAACCCAAUCUGUCACUUUUCUGGGUCUCAUAAUCUCGUGCGUCUGACGCAAAGUGCCCAAACUCGAUUCCUCUACGUCAACCACAGACUCCCAGUUGAAGCAGCGGCGUUUCUUUCUCGCUUUAGCUUCAUUCCCUCCCUAGUCAUCUUUGGACUCGGUCUGUUCUUUUCAAACUUCAUAAGAGAACGUAACGGCUACGGCGUUAUAAUACGUCGUUCAGGUGAGAGUAGAAAACAGCGAGUUUCGACAUCUAUUGUCAACCGUAAAUUCUCGUUUAAAGACGCUGUGCUUGGGUCUUCGCAAACGUCGAUGCCUGCAUCAUUUUCAGGUCACACGGAACAUUUGGUUGACACGAAACUUGAAAAGAAACAGGGUUUUGGUCCACGACUUAUUCGCUCGCGCUCUAUUACGAAGAUUGUUGAAAGUCCAAGCUUUAAAAAACGCUGCGAAGUGCUUCAAGCACAUCAAAGACACACUGAAGAAGAGCAUGUUAUUGAUCGUAAUAAUUCGCUGAAUCAAGACUCAGGGAAGAAAUUGACGCCUUUGGAUGAAUCAUGUGAACAUGAACAUUUGUUACUUUGUUCUUCAGCAUGUCUCGAGGAGCAUCAACAAUCAAGUCGAUCAACAUCGAAAUGUUAUGUGUCUUCGCCGUCGGAUAAAGACAAGGAGACAAAUCACGGAAGUGACUGUCUGACCUUUUGUGAUAUGCCAACUGAUACACAGAAAGCCUCAGUGUCGUUAGAUGUCGCUCAUGAUAAUAAUACCCUUGAGGUCUCUUCUGAUUCGUCAUGUGGUAGUAGCUCCACUCAGACAAUGAAAUAUUGUAGUCGUGUACCAGUGUCCUGUCAGUCGUCUACUGGCUAUAAUUCUGCUUGCUCACACGAAAGUGAGCUUUCUCAGCUUUCUCACGACCUGGCUGUUGAAUGCUCUGUGAAGAGCACACCGCUGUCGCAAAAGGUGUUCGACAGCGACGACGACUUUUUGGAUUGCGACGAUACAAAUAGUGAGUCAACUGCAGAGUCAUCGUGUCCAAGUCCUCACCACAGUCCUCAAUCUCAUUUUGGCUCACAUCGUCUCAGUGACGUGUACGAAAUGGAGGCUGGUGACGAAGAAAGUGAGCUUUUACAUGUCCUUUCCAGUUGGGAUGAAGAAGACGAAGAAGCAUAUCUCCUUCUUGAUCAUAUUAAUGAACUUUCAAUUGAAUUUACGGCAAGCCGAGAGUACGAAGAGUCCAAUGCUUUGACUUGGUUAGUACAACAAGCUGCUCAACGUGGAGUCAUUUCCGCCUCGUUGCAACAAAAUUUGUUAUCAAGUAUUUGCGAAGGAAAUCUCGACGAAGCACGUGAUGUGUUGUAUCACAAGUGUCACUUGAUCCCAGCUGUUGGUUGUGUCGUGGAGAGUCCAAUGCAGCCAACAAUGGAUGAGAAAACGUUACAGUCAUUCGAAGCUUAUGUGAAUCACAUUUCACCAAUCGACAUUCCUGAAGCUCGCAUGCACAAAUUGCGCGUAUUGAAGCAGUUAUCGGAUUUGCUUACUAUGUGGGUUAAAAUGGAUCGUAUCGUCUUGGAACAAACUCCAGGCAUUUCCCAACUUUCUCCACUUCCAAAUGCCUACAUGCCACUCAUUUCAUUAUCAUUCUCCGGAGUGCGUAUGGAUCUUUUGUUCGCAAGGUUGCCAGUGUCAAGCGUUGAAGCGAACCAAAAUAUUGAUUCUGAUCACAUGUUAAUUGGGGUGCAGGAAACGUCAAUGAAGGCUUUAAAUGCUCCACGUGUAAGCUCAAUGCUGCUGUGCUUGGUACCAAAGCGUCGAGAAUAUCGUAUUGUCUUACGCUCUGUACGUGCAUGGGCACGUCGUCGUGGUAUCUAUUCAGCCAAGUUGGGCUAUUUAGGUGGCAUCAGUUGGGCAAUAUUAGUCGCUUUUGUGUGUCAAUUAUACCCAAAUGCCGAACCUGGAAAAAUUUUUGUUCGUUUUUUUCAAGUGUUAUCGGAGUGGCAAUGGCCUCAGCCUGUGAUGUUGAAUAUGAUUUACGAUGCAGCACUUGGAUUUGACAUGUGGGAUCCUCGUCAAAAUGUGUAUGAUCGAUCACAUGUAAUGCCAAUUAUUACACCAGCAUAUCCGCAUAUGAAUUCUUCGGUUCAGGUCUCCCAAUCUACAUUUUUAGUGAUUUACGAGGAGUUAUGGCGCGCGCGAUAUUUAGCUGAAAUUGCGGUAGGUAUUUCCAAGCCUUUUCCGACGACUUCUUCGUCGUCUGAAAAUCUAGAAGGCGAGAUAGCUAAGGCUGCUAUGGUCUGUAGAACGACCUCUGUACCCUUUAAUACGGUUGAUAUGAAAGAAAAAGAGUUGGACGCUGUACAUGCGGAUGAGGGUGACGACAUCAGUGCAUGGGGUCAACUAUUUCAGUCGUCGAAUUUUUUUCUCCGAUACAAUUCGUACAUGGUUUUCAAUUUUAAUGCCGAAUCGGAAGGCGCAAUGCUCAAAUGGGGAAAAUUUGUUCAGUCUCGACUACGAAAGCUUGUCGACAAUUUGUAUCACAUGGCACCAGUCUCUCGCGUGCAUGCAUAUCCAUGCUAUUUCCCCCAAAUUUGUGGUCGUGAUUGCACAGGCCCCGGUUCUUGCAUGUUUAUUGGAAUUGAAUUUCAUUGUCGCCAGCACAAAAGUGUUCAGCCUAAAGAUGAUCCUGAAGUCAAGAAAACUCUUGAGCAAACAAUUCGGUUCUUUUUGGCAACUGAUUUGCAGCAAAUGGAGGAUAAACAGCCAGAUAUGACUGCUGACGCUUUAAUCUUGAAUUGGGAUGAGCUGCCGGACUUUGUGUUUCGCGAAGGUCGUGGCAAAGCUGAGCUCGAACGCGCGCAGUACACUCGCGAUCUUGAGAUUAUGGGCUAUACUCAAGGCAAUACGCCUUCUUUUCGACCCCCCUAUUAUGUAAAUAGCUUUCAACGUAAUGGCAAGUGGCGAAGUGGCAAUUUGCCGCGUAAAUACUCUGGAGGACAGCGGAAACAGCGUCGUGAUUUUCUUACGUCGGCAAGAUCAAAUUCACCUACACAAUGUGGGUGA